AUGUGUCAGUUUUCUGAAAUAACCGAUUAUGCUCAUCAUUACAAUACAGAAUGUCACAAUAGCGGAGAUAGUCCAAGACGUCACUCUACUGAUGAGCGCCGAGAGAGUCCUAUACGAAACAUGCUGCAGAAAUCGAUAAGGAUGUUAAGAACGAGUAACAAUCGGGUCUGCAUUUGUAAUAGACGCCAGCUGAGAAGAAGGAAAAGUGAACGAAAGGCGAGCACCACCUUGGGUAUCAUCGUUGGUGCCUUCAUCGUCUGUUGGCUGCCAUUCUUUAUGUUAGCACUAAUUAGACCAUUCUACAAACCUGAUGAUAUCCCGCACUCAGUAUCAUCUCUGUUCCUUUGGCUCGGUUACUGUAACAGCGCGUUGAAUCCAAUCAUCUACGCGAUUUUCAAUAAGGAAAUUCGUAAGCCAUUCAUUUUGAUAAUGUGCUUACACUGGCGCAACAUCAAUGAGUUGAUGCGCGAAGAAUACUACCAACGACAGUUCGGUGAACGAAGGGUAAGGAAUGACGUUAACGGCGGUAAUGACGGUACGGAGAAUACCGAGCGGGCGGAUCUCGUCGAUGAUAAUAACCAAAACGUUGGUCACAAUAAUCAAAAUAUCGAUAAUAGCAAUCAGAACGUCGAUAAUAAAAACCAGAAUGUCGACAAUAAUAACCAGAAUGUCGACCGUAACAAUUCAGACCUCAGCAACAAUAAUCAGGACAGCGAUGGUAACAAUCAAGAUGUCAACGAUAAUAAUCAGGAUGUUGAUGAUAAUAAUAAACAGGACGUUGAUAAUAAAAAACAUGACCUCGAUGAUAAUAGGGUUAUUGUCGACAAAAAUCAAAUUAUCAUUGACAUUGUCGAGGAGUCUGAGAUAUCCCGCUUCUGAUCCAUGGAGUGUUCCUCUAAUAACGAGGAUUGUGGUAUUCAACAAAAAUCAUACUGCAUGGACAUCUUUCAAGUCCGUGCUGAAGUCCAUGCACCUUGUGUAACAGAGACUCUUGUGUGAUCGGUCAAGAUGGAAUUUCGACAUGUUCUAGGAUGAUUCAAUGAGGUUUUUCUUCAUACAAUCUUUAUAUUUUUCGAUAAAUAAUUUAAUCUCCGUUU